GUUGUAGUGACGGUAGCAACUGAAGAUGUUGUAAAUGCAGAAGUGUCAUCCUCGGCGCCAACUAGAGAGCCUUCGACCUUGGCAACCAACAUGGAGGCUCCUAUUGCGGUCCCUUCCUCUGCUCCUUUAGCUCCUCAGACUAAUGCCCCCGUCGUUGUGGUGUCGCCUCCUAACGAUGCUGAUGACUAG